UUCUUCGGAUUGAGUUUGACGUGCACGACAUUUAGCAAAUUAUCAAGUGUCAGAAAUAGAUUCGAAAUUCAAAUGUCACAACAUUAAUUCAUAUAUCAAGUUCAAAAUUUCAUUGAUAACUCUAGUCUAAAGUCCAAUCCAAACUCCAAAGUCCAUUGACAAAACAAAACAGCAAUAAAAAUUAAUUAAGCAGAUUAUCUUAAGGACAAAGUUAUUAUGAGUUAUGACGUUACGCUCAUUAAGUCAUUUCUUUUCACCAGUAACUGUGCUAUUAAAGUAUUAUAUAAAUGGUGCUGGCUUAUGUGAUUGAGUUAUGUAUGUGUUUAACAAUAGUUUUUAUUCAUAAUCUUAAAUAAAACCAAUACAAACAGAUCGAACUUAUAAGACAAUCUUAUCACAACGAAAUAUAAAAAGAUAAAAAGUUGAAUAGCUGAUAAUAAACAUUUAUGUAAGUUUCUUUAUAAAAAUUUACUAAAUAGUAUAAUUUAUUUUUACCAAUAAAACCACAAUGCAGAUAAAAACUAAAUUAUUGAAAACAUUGAUUUUGGGGGCUCCAGCAUCAGGAAAAGGCACAAUAUCGUCUCGAUUAGUAAAAAGGUAUGGGCUUGAACAUGUUUCAAGUGGAGACAAGUUAAGGGACCACAUAGAAAAGCAAACAGAUCUUGGCAAAAAAGUUAAAAGUUACUUAAAUGAAGGUAAGCUGGUACCGGAUGAUGUAAUGAUAAAUUUUAUGGUAACGGAAUUGAAGCGAGUAGAGAAUAAACCAUGGUUAUUAGAUGGUUUUCCUAGGACAGUAACACAGGCUGAUGCCCUGUGGAAAGUUAAACCUGUUGACAUUGUACUUAACCUUGUAGUUCCAUUUGAAGUUAUAAUAGACAGAGUCAAAAACCGAUGGGUGCAUUUACCAUCUGGAAGGGUGUAUAAUAUAGGUUUUAACACACCUAAAGUGAUGGGAAAAGAUGAUGAGACUGGAGAAGCUUUAAUGCAGAGGCCAGAUGAUAAGCCGGAGGCUGUAAAGAAACGCUUAGAGAUUUAUGAAAGUAUGACAAAACCAGUCAUUGAUUUUUAUAAAGGAAAGGGUAUUAUUAAACACUUUGAAGGCAGAACAUCUGAUGAAAUAUGGCCUAAAAUUACUGACUAUAUGGACAAUUUGUUAAAAAAAACAUAAGUUUGCUUUUUUAACAUUAACUGACAUUGAAAAGGGGUUAAUAUAAGGUAAAGCAAAAUAUUUAGAAACAUGAUUUUGAUAAAUAUUUACUAUACAAUGUCUUCCAAUAUAUAGCACAAUAUUAAACUUAUAUCACUUAGUAUUAUGAAUUACAUAUUAUAUUAUAUUGUCUUACGGCAGUUGAUCCUAGUCAAUAUAUGUACAAAUAUAAAUAAUUAUGUUUUUGUAAGUGUGUUGCACAAAGUAUCCAAAGAUUAAAAAAGCUAACUGUCAUGCUCAACACUUCUAUUAUAAUGGAAGAAUAACUUGUACCUUUUUAAUGCGUACACUUUUUGUAUCAUAAACCAUUAAUAUUAAGGGAUAUUAAGGCUAAUAUUUAGACAUCAUUUCAAGGAUAACUGUUAAAAUUUUAGGAACUUUAAAAAUAUAUUUUGUGUUUGUUUAGCCUAAGUAUAAUUUUUAUGUAAUCAUGUAAUAUGGUACUUGAAUACUGAAUCAGUUUUGAACUAGAUUGGUUAAUCUAUAUACAUUUUAAUUUCUAAGUUUAAAAAACCUAUAAUUCACCUGUGCCUUAUUAAUACUAAUUAAUUUUAAUGGUGUAUGUAAGAUGAUGUACUGUAUUUUAUCUUGUAUAAUAUUUUUGAA